AUGUUGCGCACGCGUAAGCAUUCUGUAGGCAACAUGGCGUCGAAACGAGGCGGCUUAGAGGGUUUGGAUUUGAGUUCUGAUGAAAUCAAACGUUUAACAAAUGCCCUGAAAAAUGAAGAGUUUCGAAAGCUAUUUGCAGAAUAUGCAGAGGAAAUAUCUGACCCGGAAAACCGCAAACGGUAUGAAGAGGAGAUCGCGCAACUGGAGUCGGAAAGAGGCAUGGACAUCACGUUUGUAAACCCAGACCCUGGAUACGUAAUAAAAACAACCGUUAAUGGUGAGCAAAAGGCCUUCAUAAAUAUCUGUAAGAACGAGCACAUUGACAAGCCACAAAUGACGAAAGAGCUAGGGCCUAAUGGAAAGACGAGAGUGGGUUGGCAGAUUCCACAUAGUUUCUCUCCACCGCGCGAUGACUUGGACAAGGGAGGACAGAAAUGCAAAGUUUACGAUGUCGUUUUCAACCCUGACGCCUACAGAAUGGCAGAGUCUAAUGCGCGAUUCAAGAAGAUGAUCCAAGACACUGCAUUCGAUGGCAUUGAAAGGCAGUUUGAUGUGAAACUGGAUCGAAAGAAUUUGAAAUUUCCGAAGAUGAAAUUUAAAGGCGUUCCCGUGGCGACUGUGAUUCGAAAACGAAAGGAUGAAGGGCCUAAUGAGCAAGACAAACCAGCGACAAAAGUUGAAGGUGAUGCUGCUGAUGAUGAUGACCCAUUGAGUAAAUUACCAUACCCAUAUGAUAACAAAACAACAGAAGAAAAGAGGAUAGCCAGAGAAGAAGAACUGGCAAAACAAAAUGCUAAAAAGGCCGAAACUGAAGCAAAGACCAAAGUUACAGCAACAUCAACUAAAGAUCCAGAUGCUGCAGAAAUUCCUGUAUACCACAUCAUCCAUCGCUCAGACAUGGACUUGGGAGACUAUCGUAAUGCUCCAGAUGCUAAGACCAGCACACGACCCAAGGAAUUGGCAGUUGUAGUAACACUACCUCUUUUGAAAUCGGCAGCCAAUAUUGAUUUAGAGAUAUUUGACAAAAGGCUGCUUUUAGAAUCGGAGACUCCAGCUAAGUAUAAGCUGGACCUAAACCUGCCUUAUCCGGUGGAUGAAAACAAAGGAUCAGCCAAAUUUGAUAAGAGCAAGCGCCAGCUUAUUAUCACUCUACCUGUUUUACCAGCUGAGACACCAAAACUGCCUUCAUUUAUUGAUGAUAAAGAAGAAAACCCGCCUCUGCAGAAUGGAACUUUGUCCAAUAGUGCUGUAGAUGGCAAACCACUGGUUGAAGUGAUAUCGUCUUUAGAAAAUGAAAAUCCAUCAGCCACUGCCACUGCCCCAGUGAGCUCAACAAAUCACUCCGUGAAACUACAAAUUCCAUACAGCCUUCCUGAGUUUGACAUAUUCCAAGAUGAAACCAAUGUCUCCAUCAUUCUAAAUGUGCGGAGAGUUGACAAGGCCAGCUGUAAUGCCACUUUCACUCAGGCAGGAUGCUCGCUACAGAUGACAUCAUUAGGAAGCGGAGGAUUCCCGAACCACUACAGUAUUUGCCUCAGUUUUCCCGAUAAACACUGCCUGGCCAAGGACAUGUGCACUGUUGAUAUUGGAGAGAGCAAUGUUGUAGUCCUCUUGAAGAAAAAUGAAGAUUGUCAAAGUCAGUGGGAAAGCUAUUCAGUUGGCCUUAAUGAAGACCAUUUAGAGGAGAGGCUUUUUGUAACAGAGAAUACCUUGGAGAAGGAGUUAACAGGCAUGAAGGAACAAAAUGGUCAGGCCACAGCUCAGCAGGUCAUGCCAGAAGUAGAAGUCACUGAAAUGAAUGACCAGAAGGUGACACUGUUGGUGAAGGGAAACAAUGGUCCUGUAAACCCUGGUGCCUUCAGCCGCCAGACCCCUGAUGUAGAAUUGGAAGACCCCAGUGGGAAUACAGCCGAAAACAUAGAGGUGGUAUUCGACAAAGAAGUCCCAAAACUUCACAGCAUCCUAAAACAGAGAAGCACUUCCGAGUCUGGCUCGGAGAAACAGCGGCACGCAUCUGGGGACUCUUCAGGAGGCCGAGCAAGGAGUACUUCAGAGUCAAGUGUAGGGAAACAGCGUACAAUCUCCGAGUCCAGCACCGAUGAUCUCAGUGCUAGCCUGAGUGCCAGUCACAAUAGUUACAACAGCGAAAGCUUGCAGUCCAAUUCCAAUUCUGAUUCGGGGGAAGAAGGGGAUCACCCCAGACUCAAGAAAUCUGUCUCUUUCAGCGAAGAUGUGGACAGUGUGCACUACAAGUCUGGAGCAGCAAUUUCAGCAUUCCACAACACUUUGAAGAACAAGAAGCGACGGGCUCGUAAGAGAGAACAGAAACAGGAGAACAGGAGAAGUCGCAGGAGGCACAACAGCAGUACCUCAGAAUACAGUAGCAGCAGUGACAAAGAGGAGGGUGAAUUACAGGGGCAUAGUGAAAAGGAUAAACAAGCAGAGAGCAACCUUAAAAAACAAACCACUUUUGAGGAGGUCUUUGAUCAUAGGGGUCAAGAUGAAGGUCAGGUUGAAGGUCACGUAGAUGCUGCAAUUACAGAAAUGAUGCAAGAACAGCAAAACUCCAGUAACAGGGAUGCUACAAUACCAAAUGCAAUUGAAAAUGAUGAAUUAAUGACUAAACAGCAAACCAUCACAGGAAAUGGGAAACUAGAGACCAGUAACGAAUGCGAUGAAAAGAGUAGCAAAAGUGCCAGUGAUAAAAUGGAUAAGUUGAGGGUUAAGCACAGUCAGGGAGAUGACAGUGAUGACAAUGAAGAUACUCAGGAAACCUCGGAGGAAGUUGUAAAACCAAAGGAUCCGGAUGAUAAAGUGGAAACUGUGUUAAGUUGGGAAGAACCCAGAAAAGGUCCCAACAUAGAAAACACUAAGUGUGCCUUUGAUUUUGCCAAUUCUCUGAUGUAUGAUUUGGAUGACUGACAUCGCAGUUAAUUCACAUACAGCAUGCUCACCAUGUUGCAUUAUAUUUUGAUGAUAUUUAGAUCAUUGAAAUGUGGUGAGCUUUCCGUUAAGUAAAGGGAGAAAUAUAACAUGGAGCAGGUGAAUAAAACUAUUUCCUUAACAAAUCUACAAAAUACUGCAGCCAGCCUUAAUUUUUCAUUGGAUUUGUGAAAGCUUGCAGAAAGACCCCAUUGAUACAAAAAAUGAUUAUUUUCUUACUGACUACCAAGUUAAUGUACAAUUUCAACUUUAAGUCGGUUGUAUUGUAAGUAAUACAUGUAGGUUUCCAAUAUAAUAUCCAAGAAGCAGGUUAGCAUUUAUAAAGAUCAGUAUGUUUGCUGUGUAUAUGAUACCAGUGUAAACAGUUUAAUGAUUCUGUUUAAAAUCUCAGCAUGAAGGUCAUUCUCAGAAACUGGACCAUUGUAAACUGUUAAUUUUGGCCAGUUUUAUAAGCUCUCCAGAGAGUUGUUAUCAGCACUGCCACUCAAUACACUGCUAUAUUUUUCCAAGAAAUCAUCAGGAGGGAGGUGGAAUCAUGUGGAUGUUUUGAACAGUUAUCAAAAGCCUGCCUUUUUGAUUUAGAUACUGAGAAGUGUUUCUGAGGUCUUGUU